CAGCAAGCCUGAUGAAGAAGGAAGAAGGAAGAGACAGCGCCUGCACAUUGCAGAGUCCUUUUUCAGAGCUGCCAAUUUUAGAUCUCUUGGCAAUCCAAUUGCACGAUGAGUGCCACUGAACGAUGGAGAGGCACAUGAUGCAUCUCGUGGUCCUUUUGGGAUUGCUUGGUCGUGUGCAUUCUAGUGUCUAAGAAGAGCAGGACUUGCGUUUGUCUUCUUUGUCAAUGAGAGGGACUGCGUUGAAUUCCAGGUGAAAGAUGCUGCGGUGGUGGGAGAGUUGUCUCCGUGGCAUCCUGCAUUUGAGAGGAGCAGAAAGGUCUCAGUCUGAUUCCAUUCUAGCGGCCAGAUUCAACACUGCAGCUUUCGCAAAGUCUUCCUCACAUUCUGCUGAGCAUACAUUUUGUCAUUGUGGCAGGGGUCUUGCUCGCGGUAGCUUAAAGCAUGCAGCAACAUUUGACCAAGCCAGAGUCUGGCCAAGUCAGAUGUCUCCUUUUUCAAACCCCCUGAGAAGGAGUAUUGUCCCCCUGCUAUUCAGCAAUGGGGCAGGAAGCGCUCAACGUGAUGGCAUCAGUAACUUUACUGCCUUAAGUGCGCUAUCUUCACAAUAUUUGACAAAGUUCAGAGGACCUCUUCAGGUCAGCUUCAAUGGUCAGAGGUACUACAGCACGGCAGCGCAGGUGGCGUCUUUAGAACCCCCCCCAACCGACAGCCUCCCUUCAUGGGAGAGCGGCCCCCCCGCCGGCCGCUCCCGCUCGCAAACCAACUCUUUCUACGACGUCACAGUGGAGAAGUAUGCCGCAAAACCGCUGUCCCCGCUCACUCUGAAGAAGAUGCUCAGCUUCGGGGAGAGCAUGGGGGGGGAGCAGCUAGAGCGGAAGGUCAUCAAGAGCGCGCAGUUUGUGCAGAGCGAGCUGCCGGUGCGGUUGGCCAAGCGGUUACUGGAUCUGCAGCUGUUGCCUUAUAUAGUGGUGACCAAUCCGCAUAUCAAAAGAGUCUAUGACGCCUACCAUCGCGCGUUUCUCGUGCUGAAGGACUUUCCGGAGGUGACAAGCAUGGAGCAGAACCAGUAUCUCACGGCACUGCUGACAAAGUUGGUGGACGAGCAUGGGCCACUGCUGACGAGCCUGGCCAAGGGCCUCAAGGAGUGCACCACGCGGCCCCUGGUUGGGCCUAGCCUCAGCCUUGACCCCUUCCUGGACAACAUGUUGCGCUCACGGAUCAGCCGGCGAGUCAUUGCCGAGCAGCACAUCUGCUUCCAGCAACGGAGGGAGGGCUACAUUGGCGUCAUCUGCACUGAGCUAUCGGUGGCUCAGAUACUGGGCGCAGCAAUCGCGCGCACGGAGCAGGUGUGCCGGGACACAUACGGCACACACCCGCAGUUCCAGGUGACGGGCGAUGCGGACACAGUCUUCUCGUACAUUCCCGCGCACCUGGACUACAUGUUCUUCGAGAUCCUCAAGAACGCAUCUCGCGCUGUUGUGGAGCACCAUUCUCGCAUCGCUGGCUCGAGGGGCACUCGGCUGCCCCUCAAGUCCACGGCAAUGCCACCGAUCGUUGCGCAAGUGUGCAAAGGGACGAGGGAGGUCACGAUCAAGAUCUCUGACCAGGGGGGCGGGAUUGACGAAGAGGUUCAGCCAAAGAUCUGGAAGUACGGAUACACUUCAGUGGACCCCACCAUCUCUCUGGGCAGCAGUUCCGCAUCGCCAGUGGCGGACUUCCGGACAGGGGCUGCGAUGGAUCCGAUGGCUGGGCUCGGCUUUGGGCUGCCCGUCUCUCGCCUGUACGCUCAAUAUUUUGGGGGCAACAUCGAGCUUAUGAGCAUCCCGGGAUACGGCACCGAUGUCUACCUUCGGAUACAUCGGCUCGGAAACCAGUCGGAAUACGUGGAGAUUUAGUUUGGCACCCUCCUCGCUCCCAGCAUGCGGCGGGGUCGAGCAGAUAGAAGGUCUCGGCAAGCAGCGAAAAUCGGCUUCUGCAUAGGUUAUGUGUAUUAUGUUAGGUCAGCAGCAACUUUGGGAAGGCAAAGCGGGUGCUCUUGCAACUUUUUUUACUCAUGGGCGGUAUCUUAUAGCUAGUUGGUCCAGUUCUUGCUCUGGGUAGCGUUCGGUGCCGUCCUAUCUGGUCAUCUCGGAUUGAUUGCUGUUGUAGUGUAUGAUCGGCCGCACGGUUUAGUAGGUCAAAAUAGAUAUCAGAUCGUUUGCAAGCGGCUCGCGCAGAAUGCUCUUUUGAGGUGUGACGAUAACAAGGGGCAUUCAUAGGUGGGUUGCACGGUCUGCGCAGCUCUGGCAGGCCGACAGUAGAUUUGCCUUUGAAUCAUCCCGUAGGAGUCCCCACACGAUGUUGACGGAUAAAUAGGUCGUGGUGACCAUGAUGCUUUAUUCUCACGAUUGUAGAUCAGAUUGAUUUAUCAGCGUUUACCUACAUAUUGCCC